AUGGCACUGCUUUUGAGUAAAGCUGUGUGCAGCGCCCCCUGUAAGAACGGAGGAGACUGCGUAGCUCCUGACACAUGCUCGUGUCCCCUGGGAUGGUCCAGUCCGGACUGUUCCACUGCUGACUUUGACUGCAGUGGAGAGUGUCUCCAUGGAGGCCGGUGUAUCGGACAGAACCUGUGCAAGUGUCUCGAGGGGUACGAGGGAGCCAACUGUGAAAAUGCCAUCUGUGCUUCCCCCUGUGAGAACGGAGGACAGUGUGUCGCUCCUAACAAGUGUCUGUGUCCGGAGGAGUAUGAUGGAGACACAUGUGAGAUCAGUCUGAUCAGCGCUGUAUCCACCACCCCCACCCCCCUCCUGGGCUCCCUGGGGUCCACCCUACAGGAGGGGACGUGUUCGUUUUGGGGUGACACCCACUACCGCACGUUUGACGGACACCACUUCUACUUUCAUGGGAACUGCUCCUACAACCUGGCUUACGAGUGUGGAGGCCUGUUCUAUAUCCAGAUCCUGAACAAGUUUGAGUGCAAUGCGGAUGAAUCUGACUGUGACAUCGCCGUGCGGAUCAUCUCGGGUCCAGCGGAGAUCACGAUCACCCCCGGACACCACACGUACUACCAGGACCAGGAACAGGCGCUACCCGCCAUCAUCAACGCCGCCAUCACUGCCGAGAGGAUCGGAGCUUACACCAUCCUCAACUUCCUGGAUGGAGUGAAGGUGCUGUAUGACGGAGAUGAGUCCAUUACCGUGGUAAUACCCAGCAGUCAGCGGGGCAGCAUGUGCGGUCUGUGCGGGAACUUCGAUGGGGAUCACAGCAACGACUUCCACAGCAUCUCAGGAAAGUCAUUUGACAGUGCCACAGAGUUUGGGAACAACAUGCACGUGAAUGAUGGCCGCAAGUGCACCCCCGCCCCGAUCAACCCUCCCCACCCCUGCGCGCACCUCGCGGCGGACGAAAUCACCGCCAUCGAAAACCGCUGCAAGAUCCUGUACUCCGAGGCCUUCUCCGCGUGCCACGGCACCGUGGGGCCGAAGGAGUUUUAUGACAGUUGUGUGGUGGACGUGUGCGAGUGUCGGUUGGGGAGUAUUAACGACUGCAGCUGCGAUGCCCUGACUCAGUACUCCCGCAUGUGUGCUCAGAAGGGGGUGGAACUACAGUGGAGGAACGAAAAUCUGUGUCCUAAGACCUGCAGCAAUGGCCAGGUGUACACAGAGUGUGGAACAUCCUGCCCAAAGACAUGUGAGAACGCUGACUUUGACCUUGAGUGUACCGAGGCCUGUGUAGAUGGAUGCCACUGUCCUAAGGGAACCCUGUGGGACGGUGAUAGCUGUGUUCCCCGUGAACAGUGCCCCUGUAUGCUGAGAGGACAGCAGUACCCACCGGGGGCCGUCACACAGAAUGGCUGCAAUGACUGCAAAUGUGAGCGUGGUAAAUGGACCUGUACCACCAACAUCUGCCCAUCCACGUGCUCCGUCAUUGGUGAGUCCCACUACACGACGUUUGACGGCCGCCAGUUCCAGUUCACCGCAAACUGCGAGUACGUCCUGGCUCAGAAACGUCCCGGGACGGCCACGCCGUUUAUCGUGUGGGUGGAGAACUCCAACUGUGCACUAGAAGACGAGGGUGUGUGCGCUCACAGUCUGUCUGUGCAGAUUGGAGACGGGGCCAUCUACAGGAUGAAGAACCUGGACAGGAUCAACUACAAUGACACCGACAUCAGCCUUCCGUACCAUGGCGAUGGGGUAUCUGUACGCCGUCUGUCGUCCAUUCUGUCCAAGUUUGAGACCAACAUCGGGCUGGAGAUUGUCUGGGACGGAGGCUACAGGAUCUAUGUCAAACUCUUGCCUCAACAUGCCGGGGAGGUGUACGGUCUGUGUGGCACCUACAACUACAACCAACAAGAUGACUUUGAGACGCCCAAUGAUGACACGGUGGUGAACACAGCCACGUUCGUCAACUCCUGGAAAACCAACAGUGACUGUGCCGAUGUUCCAACAGGAGUGACCAUGGAUGCCUGCACCAUCCACCCCACCUACAAGUCCUACGCCAAGUCCGUGUGUGAACAGCUGAAGGCUGACCCCUUCCUGACCUGUAGUGAGUUUGUCAGCCCGCGACCUUUCAUCUCACAGUGCGAGAGUGACCUCUGCAUGUGUCUGGCCAGAGAUGCAGACCCAGACAGUUGUAAGUGUACCAUCUUCUCUGCCUAUGCACGAGAGUGUGCUCUGGAGGGAAGGGUGAUCGAAUGGAGGGCCAACAACACUUGUCCCAUGGAGUGUGAUAAUGGCCAGGUGUGGCAGGAGUGCGGCCCCACAUGUUCCCAGACCUGUCGACAGAUUAGUGACCAGGAACAGUGUACUGAGGAAUGUGCUGAGGGAUGCAACUGUCCCAAGGGUGAGUCGUGGGAUGAAGAGGCUGGUCGCUGUGUGCCUGUGGAGGAGUGCCCAUGUUACUACAGAGGGAAUGUGUACAAGGCAGGGGAAACCAGAAGGAACAAGUGUGAAAUAUGCACCUGCAAGAAUGGUAUCUUUAGUUGUGCAGAGGACAAACAGUGUGAUGAGAAGUCCCUGUGUACUGGUGGCAAGGUGUGGUCGUCCUGUGUGGAAUGUGAGAGGUCCUGUCUGAACAUGCAUGUGGAAUGCAAGCCGUCCAGUUGCAAGGAAGGCUGUGCCUGUCCAAAUGGAACAGUGACAGAGGAUGGGAAAUGUGUACCUGAGGACCAGUGUCCAUGUUACCAUGAGGGGAGGAGCUACAAGACUGGACAGACCAUCAAAAAGGACUGCAACAGAUGCCGCUGUCUUGGAAGCACUUGGCAAUGUACCAACAAGAAGUGCCCAGCCAUCUGCUCAGCAUAUGGAGACCCUCACUAUGAGACAUUUGACAAGAGGCACUUUGAGUUCCAUGGAUCUUGUAGCUACAUCCUCACCGAAGACUUCUGUAGCGACCAGGUUGGAACAUUCAAGGUCAGCGUAGAGAACGUCCCCUGCGGGACGGGUGGGGUCACCUGCACCAAGUCCGUCAAGGUCACCCUUUACGACACGGUCAUCCACCUGAUCCGGGGCUCCGAUCCCGCCAUCUCGCGUAAUCCCUACGCUAAACCCAACGACCCACCAGCAAAGUACAGGAUCCAAAAGGCUGGGCUGUUCCUCAUUGUGAAGACCCCAUAUGGGAUGAGCCUGAUGUGGGAUGUGGGAACUAGAGUCUACAUCAAGCUGGAACCUAAGUACAUGGGGAAGGUGUGCGGUCUGUGUGGGAACUAUGACGGGAACGCCAUGAACGACUUCCUCACACGUCAGGGGGAACUGGAGCAAAGGGCAAAGAACUUUGCGGACAGCUGGCGUGUGUUCAUGACAUGUCCAGCAGCUGUGGACGAGCUGGAGCAUCCGUGUGACCACCGGCCGGAGAGGCUGCAGUGGGCAAACCAUGCCUGCAGUGUGGUCAAGAGCAGCAUGUUCCAACCCUGCCACACUGUGGCUGAUCCUGAGCCUUUUUUUGAGAAGUGUGUGUUUGAUGCCUGUGGCUGUGACAGAGGAGGUGACUGUGAGUGUUUCUGUACGGCGGUCGCUGCGUACGCACGGGAGUGUAACGAGAAGGGGGUCGCCAUUCGCUGGAGACAAAAUGGCAGAUGUGCCAUGCAGUGUGAAAGCGGUAAGGAAUACAAAGCCUGUGGUACCUCCUGUCCAAAGACCUGCUACAACCUGUACGCAAGCGAUCAGUGCACCACGACCUGUGUGGAAGGCUGCCACUGUCCCAACGGUACGGUACAGCACAACGGGAAGUGCAUCACGCCCGUGCAGUGCCCAUGUGUCUACAACGGCAAGGAGAUGAUGCCAGGAGAAGUCGUCAUUGCUAACUGUCAACGAUGCACAUGCGAAAAUGGUAAGCUGGCCUGUGCAGGAGAGAGCUGUGCAGUAGAGACAACUACAGCUCCCUAUGCUGAGACCACAGCUGUCCCCACAACUGGAGUUACAGUCAGCACCAGACCUGAGCCAGAAUACACAUCACCACUGCCAGAGUGUGAGUUUGGGAAGACCCCCUCCCCUUGUGCCCCAGCCUGUCCCAAGGUUUGCCACAUGCUCCAGGAAGAGUGUGUGGAACCAGAGGGGUGUAAGUCAGGCUGCGUGUGUCAUCAGGGGAAGGUGCUGGACUCCACAGGCAACUGUGUAGACCCUCUGGACUGUAGCUGUAAGGAUGACGGUGGGGCCAUCAGAAGGCCUGGAGAGAGCUGGCAGAAGACCCAGUGUGAGACCUGCACCUGCUUUGAUAACCAGAUCACCUGUGCCAUGGCCUCGUGUGCUGAGAUCACCUGUCAGGAGGGAACCAUGUUGGCCAGUGUGUCUGACUCUUGCUGCCCUGUCUGCAUACCCCUCACCACCCAACCCUCCACCACCCCUCCGAAAGUCUGCUCAGCAGAGGGCGCCACCUACAAGUUCUGCACCUGCACGCUGUCCUGCGCCGACCUGCGGGACGGACGCACCUGCCAGGACUGGGAGAGCGUUGCCGACGGUAACGGGAAGUGCUGUGGGUGUCCCGAGGGACAGGUGUAUGAUGAUGAGGGCAGGUGUGUGGACAAGAACAUGUGCACCUGUUUUGCUGAAGGGAAGGAGUACCAGCCCAAUGAGAUCAUGAUGCGAGGGGAGUGUGAACAGUGCACCUGUAUAAACGGUGCGCUGAAGUGUGCUGAGUACUGCUCCAUCCAGGACUGUGCACCUGGUAAACAGCUGGUCAACCCUGAUGAUGGCUGCUGCCACUGUGAAACCGUCCCAACUACUGGACCGGAAACAACAACAGAGCCAGAGUGGCCCUACACAACAACAGAACCAGAGAGCUACCACACCGGUACCUACAGACCUGAACCAGAACACACCAGUACCUACAGACCUGAACCAGAACACACAACCAGGCCAGAGUACAGUACCACUGAACCUGAGAGCUACCACACCGGUACCUACAGACCUGAACCAGAACACACCAGUACCUACAGACCUGAACCAGAACACACCGGUACCUACAGACCUGAACCAGAACACACAACCAGACCAGAGCACAGCACCACCAAACCUGAGAGCUACCACACUGGUACCUACAAGCCAGAACCAGAACACACUGGUACCUACAGACCUGAACCAGAACACACUGGUACCUACAAACCUGAACCAGAACACACUGGUACCUACAGACCCGAACCAGAACACACUGGUACCUACAGACCUGAACCAGAACACACUGGUACCUACAAACCUGAACCAGAACACACUGGUACCUACAGACCUGAACCAGAACACACUGGUACCUACAGCCCUGAACCAGAACACACCGGUACCUACAGACCUGAACCAGAACACACCGGUACCUACAGCCCUGAACCAGAACACACCGGUACCUACAGACCUGAACCAGGAUACACAACCAGGCCAGAGAGCGAGACUGAGCCCUACUACACAGGAAUGCCUGAGCACAACACAGCAGGCAUUCCCACCACAGCUGGGCCUCAGAACAAGCUGGAGACUGUUCACCCACAGACAACUAUGCAGACCACAACCAGGCAAACCUGUGUGUGCCCUGUUGGGUCCAUGGCCUGUGAUGACUGUGGAAAGUGUGUAUCAGAGGACCUGAUCUGUGACGGGAUAGUUCAGUGUACAGAUGGGAGAGAUGAGCUCAGCUGUGUGUGCUCCUACAAUGGAAAGGAGUUCCAGCAUGGUGAAAUGUGGAUGGAGAGUGAGUGCCAGCAGUGUGUUUGUGACCAGGGUCAAGUGGACUGUAACAAGGCCUGUGAUCUCAGCUAUGACAACUGUGCAGAGGGCUUUAUAAUCCAGAUGUACCCAGAUGACAGGUGCUGUGAGUGUGUGCCGACCCCAGCUACAACUGCCAAACCUACAGCUGCAGCACCUACAACUGCUGCACCUGCCACCACUGCACCUGCUACAGCUGCACCUGUGUUCAGCACGGCCUAUACAAGCCCAGCUGGCACUACUGUGCUGCCUGAGUCAACAACACCAAAAGGUGGCUCAUAA